CUCACUCACUCCUUCACCGUGACCUGGUCCUUCCUACGAUGUGCCGGGGCGGACAUAUCAGAUCCAUUGUCUGGAACAGAAUGCGAAGCGUAUGAAAGUACUCAUCAUGACCACUACCAUACUCCACUUCACACACACUCUUAAGCAAGGACCGUGAUCCACUUGGCCCCGCCUCCGCCGCUUGGGGCCGCAUAUACCCAGCCUCGCAUUUCCGGGAUCGAGCCCCUGAAAGCGCUGCAACCUCGUCAUCUCAUUUGCCACGUCUUUACAAUUUCACUUCAAUUCACCUAGACUACUUGACACUGCCUGGUACAAAGUCCCGUACCUGAUCCCACUGCACUGUACUCACGCCUCGCACUUCAUCCUACCGACUUUGUUACGAAAAGCUAACUUCGAUCCCAUCUCCAGUCGUGCAGGAGUCUUAUACCGCACUUGCACAUCGAAGGUCCCUUCGAUCCUCAUAGUUCAUCUAGAAAGAAACAAGAAAGGUAGCAAUGGCAAGUUUUCCACCAGUAGAGCCCAGCGCAGAAGCUACACCGAGGUCUUCCCUCACUCAACGGCAAUUGAAAUCUUCUCUGAACCCUUCAGUCGACGACUCAGCCCCUGGUCAACAAGCGAAGGCUAGCGCUUUCUCCCCAGUCUUCACGAAGCGCAAGUCCAGCAUCGACUGGUCAAAGGCAGCGCCAGGCAAGGGGUCGUCUGCUGUUGGAGGGACAGGAAAAGCUCACACCGAGGAUUCGAAGGCCCCUGUGCGGUCCUCUGCAGUACCCUUGAGACCUCAGGUGACGAAGAAGGAGGCUAUCGCUAUACGGCAUGCAAAGGUGCUCGAGCAGAUGCUGAGCGCUCCCUCGCAGAAUUGCGCCUGUCUCAUCGUCAAGAAGCAGAACAAAGGAGGCACAGGAGACGCAAUUACCCGCAAGCAAGCAGUCAGUCUCAAGAAGGCGCUUCUCGACAGGAAGGCUGCUCCUCGGAUCAUCAGUAAAGUCAGAGCGCUCGAUGGUGCGAGCUCUGUGGGAUUUCUGCCUGCCACUUCUGAGAGUGCAGCUGAGCGAGCGCUCGUCUCUGUUCAGAAGGUCGACGCGCUACCUGACAACAGUGAGGCCUCCAAAGGUACUUCUGACCUAUUGGUCCGGGCUCGUCGUCUGCUCGUCAAGCGCUUGUCCAUCAAUGCAGCCGAGGAGAAGGAGGCACAGGCCCUCUCCGCCGCAAGUCCACUCGCCUCGCCAACACCUCACGGCAAAUGCCCUCUCAAAGCCGUAUGCCUCGACCGUACUGAUGAAGAAGCCGCUCUGAUGCCUAGCCAUAGCCUCGAGAAGGCGAGUUCGACCAAGGCUGACUCUACUGAUGCCGGUACCAGUGACGCACUGCCAACAUUUGGCAUAUCAGUGAUCAGCCUCGCAAGCACAGCCGUCCUGGGAAGACUCGGAGAGGCAUCCGGAGCUCUCCUCGAGCAGACGGCAGUUAACGACGACAUCCAUCCUCCUCUGGACCGCAUGGCCAUCUUCGUCUUCUGGUGGGGCUUCGAGGUGACGCUUCCCACCCCUACGAUGCAGUACCUACAGACUGCACACAACGUCUCUGGUAGCGUGCUGAACGUCCUGUCGAUGAUGGUGACAGCUGGUGGUCUGUUUGAGCUGCUGCCGUACAUUCGCUACAUUAGUAUGACGGUCGAUGUGGAGUUUAGGGCGAUACAGGCCGUCGAUCAGGGCAAUGGAGUCGUUCUUGCUGCCACGGUGAGUUGCAUCUGCAGAGACGGACUGGCCAACAAACACGAGGCCUUCGCUGAUGUAAUUCUCACGUUAUGUAUGUGGUCUACAGUGGUUGAUGCCGUUAGCGCUCGUUCCACGAGCAUGGGACCUCUCUCUGGAGGGACAAAAAGAUCUCCAGCAUAACCCAGCCUCGGCGCACAAGGUCAUGGAAUCCUUUGCGGCCCUCUCCUCGACAGAGCGGGCGGGCGAGGCUCAGAGUCUCUCUCACUCGGAGCGCGACCCCUCCCAAGAGGCAGCGAUCCAGUCUGCUCUGCACGAGAGCUUUCCGGAGGACUUGAGUCCUCAGCAUGUGCCAUUCCCCACGCCGAAGGAGGGAGUUGUCCUCGAGAGCUUGCUGGAGGAGGAGGACUAGCAGCCACACUGAUACCGAUACCCCGAGGUGCUGAUUGUGAUACCCUUUGACUGCAUUCCUGCACCGUAUGCUCUAAUGUUACAUAUCCCUUAUUCCUGUUGAACUCAGAAGAUCC